AUGAAAAUGUUGUGUUUCCUAUAUACAACACCGGGAGGCUUUUGCGCAAACACCGCGACUGAUCUUUUCGUCUCAAACUGCACCGGACGGAGGCGUCACGCACCGCUUGCGCGUAGGUGCUGGAACGCGCAUCACAGGCAGCCGCAAGCAACGCUGCUGGCGCGGCUGCGUCUUUCAGCAAAUGAGGGCGACUUUCGACACGCCGACCAGGCACCGCUGGAACAGUCUGUGACUCGCCCAGCGAGGCUGUCCAAGGCCGUUCUGGCCCUUGCGCUUGGUCUGUUCGGCGCUACACUCGGUGCGCUGAGUGCAUACUCCGCGCCUAAGCGCUUGUCCAUGGAGGGGUCGAACGCCGCGCUAGCCGUAAAUCUUUCGUCGUUCCGGCGACGUCGUUCUGGUGUGGAAACCGUCCGGCUGGUUGCCGCGAAAAAGUCCGCCCCUGUGGAAAACCUCACACUGUACGACCCGGUCGGCGAGCAGAUGGCCAGGAACCGUUUCAUAGCCAGUAUCGUUGUUGGGGUGACCGUCGCUGCCCUCUACCUCUACUCUACUGAACGUUGCAAAAGAGAUAACGAGGAGGAAGAGAAACGCAUUCGGGCUGAGGUGGCUCGUCUGGAGAAAUGGAAGUCGGAGUUCGUGGACGCACAACAAAGCAACGAUGUGAAUGACGAGGAUCUCUUGGCCGCACUGCGUGAGCGUCUUCAGCAACAGCAGAAGGGAGGCAGCACCGAUAUUGCAGAUCCUGAUCAGCAGAAGCAAAAUACGUCCGAGUCCGACGCUGACAACGACGACGACAACGACAUCAAACUACGAAGAGGUGACGAUUCCCCCAGCGAGCAUCCUGAUUCCGACAAGCGCGGCGGGAAGCAUGGACCAUCCAUGCCGCCUUCGACCGAGCAACCACGUGCUGGCUCCGGCGGAGCCGCAACACUCGAUCGACCUGGAGCUGAUCGGGGAAGACGGUCCAGUCGCGGACGCUCCAUGGACAGUCGCAGUGGACGGCACAGCUCGAGCGACGAUAAGAACCCCAACGCCAAUGACGGUCGUGCGGGUAACGACUCCCAGCGGGACAGCACUGCGAAUUGGGACCUCGAACGCGAGCGCCUUCGCAAACUCUUUAACCUUGAUAGUGGCAGUAGCGGCACCGGAAGCGACGAUACUCGCAAAGGCGAUCGCUAA